AUGGAGUCCAGCUCUAGUGGUGGAGCGGUGGCUGAGCACUCUAGACGUCGUAUCGCGUAUUACUAUGACGCGAAUAUCGGAAACUACUACUAUGGUGUAGAACACGUCAUGAAACCCAACCGUAUCCGUAUGGCUCAUCACUUGAUUCUUAACUACGGAAUGUACAGACAUCUCGGAAUCUUUAGACCAUUCCCAGCAACUGUUGAGGAAAUGAGCCGAUUCCACAAUCCUGGGUACCUCGAGUUCCUCAAAAAAGCUACUCCGGAUAAUUUGAAUCGCUUGGGCGGGGGAAUGUUAAAAUACAACGUUGGUGAGGACUGUCCAGUUUUCGAUGGACUCUUCGAGUUCUGCCAACUCAGCAGUGGCGGAUCUCUGGCUGCUGCCAUCAAAUUGAACAAAAAACGAGCCGACAUUGCAAUUAACUGGAUGGGAGGUCUUCACCAUGCUAAGAAAGGCGAAGCAUCUGGAUUCUGCUACACCAAUGACAUCGUCCUUGGAAUUUUGGAGCUGUUGAAAUACCACAAGCGUGUUCUCUACGUUGAUAUCGAUGUUCAUCAUGGUGAUGGUGUGGAAGAAGCAUUCUACACUACCGAUCGUGUGAUGACAGUCUCAUUCCACAAGUUUGGAGAUUUCUUUCCGGGAACUGGUGACAUCAAGACCACUGGUCAUGGAAUCGGCAAGAAUUUCUCGGUGAACGUGCCACUAAAGAGCGACAUCAAUGAUCAGAGUUAUCAAAGCAUUUUUAAGCCGGUCAUGCAAAGAGUUAUAGAACGUUUUGAGCCGGCAGCCAUUGUUCUCCAAUGUGGAGCCGACUCUUUAAACGGAGACCCGCUGGGACGGUUCAAUAUGACACUCAAGGGUCAUGGGGAGUGUGUUCGUUUCCUCCGUUCGUUCAAUAUUCCCAUGAUGUUACUUGGUGGAGGUGGAUACUCACCAAACAAUGUUGCUCGAUGCUGGGCUUAUGAAACAGCGAUUGCGUGUAAUGUGGAACUUUCCAAUGAUAUUCCAUCCAACGAUUUCAUGGAGUUCUUUGGACCAAACUACAAACUUCACAUUGAAGCUCGCAAAGUAGAAAAUAAGAACUCACAGAGUUAUUUGAACAAGAUGAAACAAGAAAUCUUCGAGAAUUUGAACGACCUCACUUUUGUCCCAAGUGUACAAAUGCGACCAAUCCCUGAAGACGCGUUCCAAUCUUUCAACGACCCAACGUUAACCGUAGACAUGGCCAACCCGGAUAUUCGUCACGCUCCCCAGAUUAUGGACAACGUUGUAGCUCAUCCAGGAGAAUUUUACGACGCCCAGAACACUGCUGGAAUGUUCAGACAUGAGGAAAACUAUGCGCUCAAAUUCCCCUACCCUGAUCAUCAGUACGGAUUCUAA